UCAAAAAAAGUAACCUUUCCAAGCUCUGAACGUAGGUAUAGCUAUAUUGCAUCUUUGGUCUCUUUAUAAGCUUGCGGAACCUUGAAGGAGCGAAGAGGCGGCUUAAGAAUUUUAGGCUUAUCGGACAGUUCCCGCCCUUCCAUUGGACAGCCCUUUGUGCGAUGGUUGGUGACGUUACUACGACUGAGCAAGUAAACAUGAAUUCAAGGUUGUGAUUGAAAUUGACGUGCUGGAAGUGUUAAAGCUGCUGGAUGCUUAGUAUAGAAAACCAAAGCUGCUUGCAGAGCUGAAAGCAUAUUCUGUGACGUUUCCAAGCCGAAAACAUGGCAACCAAAGUAGUCCUACUGUCUUACGAGGCUGUAGAUUCCAGUACAUCCAGAAGGCUGAAUCUCAGAAUGCCCUUGAAGAUCCUAGAUCCUGGUCGUUCCAAACUAUCCACGGUUGAGACCAAGAGGAUCAUAUCUGUCCUGGAUGAGACCAUCUUUAAGGUGGAGCUAGUCAGUACGUUCACUUACAUUCUUGAGAAUCUUGAGGAAUUUAGCAUAUCAUUGGGACCCGAACUUACAGGGCCCCUUAAGGAACAUCUGCGGCUUUCAAACAUUAUGGAAGCCACGCUUGCCCGCCUGGAUGAAGAAGGGGUUUUGUGUAAGGGCACUGCCAAAGGGGGCCUCUUUGGGGCUGAGGAUCCGGAUGGUUACCUUGCCUUGCACAUACAAGGCUUGCGAUCUUCUGUUCGAAAUAUCAUGCGCCUGUUUUAUGCCAACCCCUUAGCUUAUCAGGCUGUAAGAGAGGUUGCCAGUUCCAGGAAUCCAUCUUCCACAGAGUUUAUUAAUGGCCUUUUGGAGCUCAGAGGGUUCCUGUUUGAGAAACUUCUGACUACCCCCUUGGAAGAUAAAGAAAAAAGCCGCUUUAUGUAUGAAAUUGCCCAGCGAGACAAGAAAAACAUGGAGAUGAUUGCAGCUUUGGAGGAUGAACUGACAGCAGCAAUCCAGAAUCGCGAUGAUGAGAUUUCCAGGAAGAAUGCUGCAAUCAAGGAGCUCAAAACCCACUUACACAAUCUGUCCAAGUUCUCUGAAAACCAAAUCCAGCGCACUCGAACAGAGGCGGAGAAGCAGCAGAAGACGGAGUUGCGUGGGUCUCAGACAAAAUGCACCAGGUUGCAGCAGGAGCUGCAUCAGCUGAGGGCCCAGCUCAACGCCCUCAUUGCUGAAGACCGGGAGUCUGAGUAUGCUCUCCGAAAGAAAAAGUACAAAGUGGAGAUGGAAAUAGAGAACUGGGUCCAGAAGUACGAUUUUGAGAUGAUAGAGAAGCAGGAGGAGAUUGAGCAGAUCGAGGUGGUCUACACGGUGGAGAAGGAACAGCUGGCCGAGCUGAGGGAGAAGUUUGCCCUGCUCGACCAAGAGUACAGCCAAAUCAAGGAGGAAAGGAGGGUGAAGCAGGAGCAGAAGGAGAAGGCCGAGAAGGAGCUGGCCAUCCUGGUCCGAGCCGCCACCCUCAUCCAGGCCUUGUGGAAGGGCUACCUGGUGCGGUCGCUGCUGCGGACCAAGAGGAAGAAGAAGGGCAAGGGGAAGAAGGCGGGGAAGAAGUGAGCCUCUUCCUCUUCCUGCCUUCUGCCCACAGGCAGCCAGGCAAGCCCACCCUGGGCCAUUCCCCGGGGGGAGGUCUGUUGUUCAGUAAUAAAUGUUAUCAGCCA